ACGAUACCAAACAUUCCGACCGGACUACUUUGAAGCCACAACUGGUUGUUGCCCUUCUUCCUCACUGUCGCCGUCGCUUUCUUUGGCCGCUUUGAAGCCAUCGGUGCUGCUUUUUUCCUUUCGCCACCGUUCACGCUCUCACAUAUAUUGCUUCCGUUGUCCGAUUCAAAGGCAUCGCCGUAGCCGAGGCAAAGAGCAAAAUAGCUACCUACAUCUCUGCGACUCUGCCUAACUGCCUUGUCCAAAUCGCCGGUGGUCAUCAGUUUUCAUGAGGCGAGCUUUCCGAUAAAACUUUUGAUUUACUCCUUGGCUAUUCUUUAUGGUUUUUCGCAUGCAAAGGAGGUAUAUCCAAUCAAAAUGUUGAUUCCGAGGUGGAAGGCUGCUACCAAAUAUAUUGGUGAACCACAGAUAUGGCUUUGGAAUGUGAUCAAUGAUAUACAUGAAUUUCAUUUGGUUGACCGGUAUUUUGUCUCCUAUAAGAAGCUGGCAUUUUUGAGGGUGAAAGAGGUGGGUUUGACAAUUGGUUCCUCUAAUUUCCAGUUAUUGUAACAUCUCUUUUGGAAGCUCGUGAUAUGGUAGGAUGAGCUGCAGAAAAUAGUGUAUAGCUUUUUGCUUGUAGCCACCUUGGUUAGGAGAAAUAAAUGGUUGCCUAAAGUUUUAUACUCCUUUCAUGGCAUUUCAUUCCCAACGCAUUUUGGGUUUUCUUGCAUACCUGAACAAAACCAGAUGCCAUUUACCACGCUUUCGUGCAUCAAUUCCAGUGUUUCCAUUUUCAACCGUUGAUACUCAACUAAGCACUUUAGAAGAUAAGCCUUUGGUGAGUCAGCUGAAGGACCAAGUUAAUCUCAAAGAGUGUUCUGUUCUUGAUGAACUCUCUAACUUGUUACCAAUACAUCCUAGCAACCCAAUCCUGCAUCCAUAUAAAGACCAGAAGCUAAAUGAGCUGGGAGAAAGGAGAGUUGUUGCUGAUAGAUUUUUAUUGCCUGAAGAGAAGUUGAGAGGGGUAUUUCUUCAGAAAUUAAAGGGGAAAUCAGCAAUUGAAAGAGCCCUAGCUGAUACUGGUGUGGACUUGAGUCUAGAUAUUGUUGCUAAAGUACUUAAUGGAGGGAACUUAGGAGGUGAAGCCAUGGUUACAUUCUUUAAUUGGGCGAUCAAACAAGCAAUGAUACCUAAGGACAUUCAUAGUUACAAUAUAAUCAUCAAGGCACUAGGCAGGAGGAAAUUUAUUGAUUUUAUGCUGAAAAUUUUGAAUGAAUUGCGAACAGAAGGUAUACGAUUUAAUUUGGAGACCUUGUCAAUUGUUAUGGAUAGCUUAUUUAGGGCUCAACGAGUGUGCAAAGCAAUUCAAAUGUUUGGAAACUCAAAAGAGUUUGGGUUUGAAUAUAACACUGAGUCUCUAAAUGUGCUUCUGCAGUGCCUGUGCAGGAGGUCACAUGUGGGUGUUGCAAAUUCAUACUUCAAUUCAGUGAAAGGUAAAAUAUCAUUUAAUAGUACGACAUAUAAUAUUAUGAUUGGAGGAUGGUCAAAAUUUGGACGGGUGAGUGAGAUGGAGACAAUUUUGGAGGCAAUGGUUCAAGAUGGUUUUGCUCCUGAUUGUUCAACCUUUUGCUGCCUUCUUGAGGGUUUAGGAAGAGCUGGUAGGAUUAAAGAAGCUGUUAAAAUUUUUGACAAUUUGGGGGAGAAAGAUUUUCUGCUAGACGCUGCUGUUUACAAUGCAAUGAUUUUUAAUUUUAUUUCAGUUGGAGAUCUUGAUGAGUGUAUGAAAUAUUACAGGAGCUUGUUGAGUAAUAAUUGUGACCCAAAUAUUGAUACUUAUACCAAAUUAAUUUGUGCUUUUAUCAAAGCCCGUAAAGUGGCUGAUGCACUUGAAAUGUUGGAUGAGAUGUUAGGUCGAGGGAUUGUACCUACAACAACAACAAUAACUUCUUUCAUUGAACCUCUUUGUAGCUUUGGUCCACCCCAUGCUGCAAUGAUGAUCUACAAGAAGGCAAGAAAGGCUGGUUGUAAAAUAUCACUUACUGCGUAUAAGCUUUUGUUGAUGCGGCUUUCUAGAUUUGGUAAAUGUGGAAUGCUGUUAAAUAUAUGGGAAGAGAUGCAAGAAAGUGGUUAUUCAACUGAUAUGGAAGUUUAUGAGUAUGUCAUUAAUGGACUUUGUAAUAUAGGCCAGCUUGAAAAUGCUGUGCUUGUUAUGGAGGAAUCUUUGAGCAAGGGCUUUUGCCCAAGCAGACUCAUUUGCAGCAAACUAAAUCACAAACUACUUGCUUCAAGUAAAGUAGAGAGAGCUUACAAGCUAUUUUUGAAGAUCAAAGAUGCUCGUCGGGAUGAAAAUGCUCGGAGGUUUUGGCAUGCUAAUGGCUGGCACUUUUGAACAAUUCAUUAGUGACAAUGGCAAGUGCAUACACAUUUCUUUUAUGUGCAUUUCUAUUACUAUUCUACAAGCUACCUCAAAUUAGUCCAAAUUUUGAUCUAAAUUAAUUAGUUAGUCAGAUGAAAUUUGUUUUUUUCUUAAAAACCACCAUUAGUAAUCAGAUGUCUAAAUCUGAAAUAUUUAUUUUAAAAUAAAUUAACUCUGAAAAUUACAUCAUUGGUGGCCGUACUUCCUUUCAAUUGCAAAGUUCUUUGAAGAGCUUCAAGGAUAUGAAAGUUUAAAGGCAAUGGCACUUUAUUAAUUAUGUAAUGUAUAAGGGCAAUGGUCUAUUAAUGUUUUUCCUAGUUCUAUAAUCCUAAAGUUUUCCGUUUAUAAUUGUCUGAUUGGCUUUUGAUAGCUGAUGUUUCUGAUUAAAGCUUCUUUCUUCCUGCAUGUGAAAUGCUAAAAGGUACACAAUAAUCUUAACAGCGAUCAAGUUACCAAGUUUACUGAAUAGAGAGUUCUAAAAUUGUUCUGUCUUGUGCUGGUGGCUCAUUAUGUUAGCGACUGUAGGCAAUUAGGCCUUUGGUUGUUUUGUUGACAUUGCUGCAGCAGCCCAUGUAGGGAUAGGUGAGGUUAGAGAGCUAUAAUUAAGUGUUCUAUAGCAGAUUCUUUCCAAUCAAGUUUCUCAGUUACUGAGUAUUGUGAGUCAUGCUUGCAUGGUAAUCAGUUUUUACCCUGCUCCUCUUCUCUAAAUGACUUCAGAUAUGGAUGCUUGCUGAUCCGAACUACAUUGGCUUGGUUCUGCAGAAUUUUCUCGUAGCUUUUGCGUAGAGUAAAAGGGCAUUGAUCAUUGUCAAGGCAGCAUUAUCUGUCCCUGCUACAGCUAAAAUCCGGCACCAAAAUACUAAUCUUUAAGCCACUCCUGCGCAAGUGAUAAAUUCAAUAGCUGUGCAUCUGCUCCACAGGUAGGUUGCAGUUGCACUAUUAUAACCUUCAAAUCUUGGCUUCUGCUGCGAGUUCCAAAUUCUAGCAGUUAUACUUUCUCAAAAACGUUGGUCAAUGACAAUCUCAGGCCAUCCCUUCUGGAGCUGCUUCCUGUCCCCCAUUAGCACAGGUGUAUGUAGCACAGGUGUAUGUAGCACAGGCUACAUGUACUGGUAUGCUUCUGCUCUCAAUCCAUGCCCCAUUAUCUAUUUAGUUCGAGCAUCCCAAAACCUAAACUUAACAAUCAGUUGGCUUAGCGUAAAGUCUAAUGCAGCUUUGGUUGGCCCUUAUCCACAUAAAAUGCUACUGUGCAACCUCAACCUUGAGUUACCAUUUCUUUGCAGCCAACUUGCUAAUGGGUUACAACUGAAUCCUUUUGCCUGUUUCUUCUAGUAGAAGCUUGUAAAUCAGUCGAUGCUAUGCAUAGUAAAUACGUAUUGCUUUAUAGUAGCUCUCAUUUAUCAAUCAACAUGCUCAAUUGCCGAGCAAGAAAUAUGAAAGAAAAGUACAAGCAAGUUGUAGAAUUGGCGUCCAAAUUAACUAUCGAAGAGGCCAGUUGCUUUGGAACUCAAAUUUCUCGCUUAGCUUGCCAUACUAUUUUGAAUGGAGUGAUUUAACUUUUUAUACUGCCAACAUCUGCGUUUGCCAGGAACUCCGAGAAUGGUUGUAUCAUUGUUGAUUACUUUUUCUGAAGCUGAACAGCUUCCUGUUAACAGUGUUAUUAAACUCAAUUUAGUUGCAAAUAUUCAAUUUCAGAGUUAUUAAACUCAA